AUGUUUUCCUUUCUGUUGCGAUUGAGCUCUAUCGGUGUCGCAACAGCGGCAUUGAUAAAGGCUCCAAUGCCUGCACCAACCGCCCCUGCAGUGCUUCCAAGGCAAGACUCUGCAUCGGAUACCGGUAUCGUCAUCGUAGGUUACCAGUCCAUUGGCACCGAAAAUGAUCAACCAGUCUGGGCGGUUUCGACCUUCCCUCGGUCGGAGGGCUACCUUUUCAUAACGGGCAGCCUCUGGCAAAAGUGCAAAGCGUCCUCAGCUUUUGAGAUCAGCGGAACGAGUACGACUUCUCCACUGCCUAGGACAGGCUGCGAAGCAUGGACAAGUUGCUUCCACACCACGGUGUAUGGGUCUGGAGGUCUAACUAGUACUUGCGAUGGCGAAUAUGGAUCCUGCUAUUCGGACAUCAUGUUCUCCACCUCUGGUGCUUCUGAUGCAAUCACUCGUAUCUACUGCGACUGGACGGGGAGUCAUCCAUUGCUGUCUACAACUCUGUACAAGGAGCUUCCGGCAAACGCGAAUCCAACAUCAGUUGCAUCGCAACCGGAAGCCUCCACUACGGCUGCAUCGAACAGCGAUCCAUCAACUUCGGUCUCCACCCCAUCUCCAACGUCGAGCCCUUCCAGCGAGGGAAGCCAGUCCUCGGGUGGUGACGGUUCGAACAACACGGGCAUAAUUGCGGGUAGCGUUGUUGGCGGUCUUGCAGUUGUUGCAUUUGCUGGUGUAGCUAUCUUAUACAUCCUCAAGCGCUCGAAGCGCCACGCCGCUGGCGCUCCGAUUUCAUCAAGCGAUGGUGACUCAGCAAACCCCUACGGCACGCCAGAGAUGACAGGAAACCAAUACCUAGAGGCGCCAGCAUAUACACCAAUGGCGACGAAAUAUGGUCACACCAUCAACGGAGGCGAACUUGACGGGCAGCAUGGAAUGGCUGAGUUGGGUGGCGUGCCACUACACGAAGCAGAGGAACGACGAUGA